GCACAGUAGACGGUUCCCUUACCGGUACGGGAUAUAGUCAGUGCACUAACUUUCAAGUCUUAGUUGAUAAUUGAGUAUAUGGAUUCGUACUAUCGUCCUCUAUCGCAUUUAUCUACUUGUUAACUUCACGACCUUCUCCUACUGUUAUAACUUCAAUACUUGUUAACUUCACCACCUCCCCGCGCCUCGAUUGUCUCUUGAUUUUCUUUAUACUAGAAAGAUUGAUUUUUAUAAGGAGGGAGUUUUUCACGAGCUUUUAGUACUGUGUUGAUCUGCAGCAUUUCCGUCUACUAGAUUUCCAUGACGAGUCGGGGAUAAAGCAAGCAGAAAGAAGAAGUAGUUGACUCUCGGCCAUCUAUAGAUCUCUCAAGCCGUUGCUGAUCAGGGGAAGUAGAUACUAGAGGAGCACUGGUGUCUGCUGGUUGGAUUUUGAUAUCUGCAUUUAAAUGUCUUCAGCCACGUCCACGGUGUUCGUUAUUUCUUUUGUGUAAGUACGUAGGUAGGUACAAACUACGAGUAGGUGGCGUCGUUUUCUUGAUGCGGGAUUAGUAUCUGUUUAUGGUGUGCUGCUGUAUCCACUCGUUUCUAUGUUCUUUGUUCAACAUGUUCAUCUUAUCGGUAUGCUACCUCAACUACUUCUGACUGCUAUCAUCUCGUAUUAGACCUUAACUAUUAACAUCUUCUUUACACGUCUGCAAUGAUUGUUUGAACUAUCCAUGUACUCUUCAACGUUAAUUAUUACUACGCUUUGGUUAAGUACGUACUAGAUUACAAGUCGCCGGCUAAAAUUUAGUUUUUUUACUAGCAUAACAAAAAACGAUCAUCAAAAUGACGUGUGAUCUCGUAUGGCGUGAGGAUUUGGAGAGGCGGGAGAAUCGAACUCGUCUCCACAAGGAUUUCCUGACCGAAGCUGCUUUCGCCCUCCAGCAGGAUUGGCUCUCUGCCAACAGAACGUCGAGAACCUCGUGCAGAGGGACAGGAGAACAGCAGCUGUUAUGAUUUUGAAUGAAUCAGAAUUGGUUUUUGCUAAGGGUAAGUUGCCGAAUAGAUUCGCAUCAUCAGAAUUUUUUUUUGGUAACAAGGCAGAUGAAGUACAAGGACAAGGACUAACACUUGUUAGUGCUUAUUCAUUCAUAGUUGCAGUAUGUCGCUGGAACAUGAAUAAGAUGGUCGAUGAUGAUAAGAUAAUGAUCAAGGUCCAAGGACUGAAAAUCCUAACCAGUGCAAUCAAAUGACCCAGAUCGCCAGGCGAACACGGUAAACCAUUGGCGCCAGCUUCAACGCCUCGGCCAUAGUCGGGGCGGGCGUCCAUGGUCUUCACCUCUUUCAGAAUCUGGGGCACUGUCCUCACGCCUUCGGGCACCGCCUUCGGGCAGCCUUACCAUGCUCACUAUUUGCAACGCGUUGGCCUUGGUCGGCGCGGGUGGGUGUGGUUCUCUCUCUCUCUCUCUUUCGGAGUCCGGGGCACUGUCCUCACGCCUUCGGGCACCGCCUUCGGGCGGCCUUACCAUGCUCACCAUUUGCAACGCGUUGGCCAUAGUCGGCGCGGGUGGGUGUGGUUCUCUCUCUCUUUCUCUUUCGGAGUCUGGGGCACUGUCCUCACGCCUUCGGGCGCCGCCUUCGGGCAGCCUUGCCAUGCUCACCAUUUGCAACGCGUUGGCCAUAGUCGGCGCGGGUGGGUGUGGUUCUCUCUCUCUCUUUCUUUCGGAAUCUGGGGCACUGUCCUCACGGCUUCGGGCACCGCCUUCGGGCAGCCUUACCAUGCUCGCCAUUUGCAACGCGUUGGCCAUAGUCGGCGCGGGUGGGUGUGGUUCUCUCUCUCUUUCUCUUUCGGAAUCUGGGGCACUGUCCUCAGGGCUUCGGGCACCGCCUUCGGGCAGCCUUACCAUGCUCGCCACUUGCAACGCGUUGGCCAUAGCCGGCGCGGGUGGGUGUGGUUCCCUCUCUCUCUUUCAAAUCAUAGCGCUCAGAAGUCGCGAAGUAAGCGCUCGAUCGCAGUGGCUAUCGUAUUUCGUCGCUGUAGAGCGCAAACCCCUUUACUCCAUUAACACUAAACCACCUCUAAUGCGCCACCAUUCCGGAAAAUUUGAGUAUCCGCAGCGCAUCGCUUUUUUUGGUUUUUCAGCGAAUGGCUUUGCGCAUGAGAACUCUGGUUUGGAUGCCUCGUUUGAGUGUAGUGUUGUACCACUGGAAGAAGCAACCCGACUGGAAGCACUACGGCAAGAACUACUUGGUAUUUCUUCGUUUUUGAGUUGUCUAGGACGACGUAGGAUUUCACGAAGAUGUAGGAUACAAGGGGAAGGGAAUACACUGCAUUGCCGUCUUUAGAAAGGCGUCUCCAUCUUCUUCUCAGAUUAUCAACACGAUCUUCACACCAGAUUAUCCCGAGCUAUACCGGAAAUGUAGGAUACAAGGGAAUACACUGCAUUGCCGCAUGAUGUUCAAUGGAGGCCGGUCGAUACCACUUCGAUUAUGAGACACGAUUACUCCUCUACUUUAGAGUUAAUACUACUAGUAACUUCUCAAAUAUAUAAGUAAACAGCCGGCUUGUUUUCCUCUUUCUAUGUAUUUUUAGGCUAUUUCUUCUUGCAAAAAAACAAUACUACUAGUAACUUCUUCUGAUCCUGUCUUUGACUAUCAGGUCUUGCGUCUGUCGCUCCUGUAAAGAGCACAUGUGAGUUUUUUGGGCUUAUGUCAUCAUCUUCUGUAUAAUACUCUAACAUCCUAGACCACUUUUACACUGACUCACCUAUCAAAUCGAUUCCCCUCUAACCACUGUCCGCAUCAAUGAGACGUUACAAGUGCAAGUGGCGCGACUGAUGCGCCCUUUCUCUGCCAAUCCGUACUGUCAAGCUCUUGCUACAAUUUUGAACGGUUUUGUAAGGGAAAACAACCUAGCUUCUGGAGGCUCAAUCGACGAAGACGAGGACGAUUACUCAAGCAUGACGGAGGUGGAUAAAGGUAGUAUUUGAGUUUUACUUUUUUGGUUUGAUGUAUGUGGUUGUGAAUUGAAUUUGGGAUGGCAAUUAGACGCCAGCCUAUUUUUUACUGCGACAAGCAUGGACGUCACCUACCAACACAAUGAAUUAGAACUACAAGACAACAACAACAACAACAACAACAACAUUCUUUCCACGACUACAGGUCUCCUUCCCGCUCAUGGAUACUUGUUGAUGUUGAUUUUUUUUCUUCAGAAGAUCGCUGUGCUUCCUUGGAAAAUCAGCUCAAAGUCCACCGAAACGGAAAAGAAUGGCAUAACAGAGGGUCUGUCACUAGUUCGCUUGUGGCUAGGCUUUCUUGAAUUUUACGGCGCUUCAAGACACAAUAGGGUUCCUCUAAACCAACAAGUCCGACAAGCCCUGUCGUCUCGCGAGGCCACACGAGCGCAGCUAGUUGAGCAAACACGGGAAGUGUUCGGCCGAGGUGUGGAGUGUGGCGGAUUGGUCCAUAGUUUUGCUGCAUCAGGAGGAGACCCACUUUUAUCGUCUUGCCAAGGUGAUUCUUUACAAGGUUAUAUUAAACAGGGAGCAAAGACGAGGACAUUCUCUUCAGCCUCGUCUUCUGUUGGCGGUUUGUCCUCCGUCGCAGACCAGAAUCAUAUCGAUAGUUCAUCAACAAGACUACAACGUGGUGGAGUAUUCAAAUUUGUCCCUCAAUGGGAUGUUUUGGACUACGUCGUUGGGUCUGGUCAGUGCAAGCAGCAGACAUCUUCUUCCGCUUUUUUCUCUCAAGAUAGUAGUGAAGAGAAGAGAUUUCCCGUACUUGCUGUCUCGCAGACUUUUCUCGGAGAUGAGCGAAGUGACAGGAACAAUCACCAAGAAUACCAUGUGCAGCAUAGUAGUGAUCGAGACGUUCUCGUGGAAGAUCCAUCUAGCAUUUUGCAUAUGAGUGUCGAAGGCCAGUUGGUUUUCGACUAUGUUAUUCGGAAGGAGUACAAGCGCUGUUAUCGACGCUUACAGCAGGAUGAAGUGACGGCUAGAGAAAUAAUGGAAGCACGACUACAGGAGUCGCCUGCAACGCAUCUUCCAAGACAUCUUCGUCGUGUUCAACCUCCACCAGUACCAGAACAACAUUCUUUUCAAGUAGAAGAUAGCAGUAAAAAUCUGAAUAGUUGUCCGCCACUUGUACAACUACAAAUGGAGCCACGUGAUCUUAAUGUGCCACGGAUCCAACCACCACCUGGGUUGAGUCUAGAAGAAGCGGAACCCUCGAUGACAGCAGCACCACGAGGACGUCUAGUAGAAGAAGAUGAAAAUUUGAAUUUAACGACACCAAGAAAGAGCCAGCUAUCAAAAGCACGUACACCAGAGACUCUGCGCGACGACUCUAGAGAAUUUUUGAGUAGGAAGCAGCAGCCAGAAAAAGCUGCAGAGAUGCAGAUGCGAGAUCAUUAUAGUUCAUUUUCUGCAUUCUGUCCUAGGUCUAGGUAUGACAACGUCAACAUCUGUAACGCGGCUCCUUCAUUUUCAGCCGCAGCGUCUAGAAGAAGUUGUAGUCGAACAAGAAGACCUGCAAGAACGAAUGGAAGAAGUAUGACGCCCCCUGGUCUUUCUUCUGCUGUUCUUUCAGGUGCUAACUCAAUUUUUUCCAAUAGAAGUGGUAGUACUAGAACAUCGGCGCAAAGAAAUCGUGCUUCGCGCCAAGUUGACUCGUAUCGAAAUGGCGAAGGAACAAGAAAUGCGACGAUUACCACGGUCACUUCUAAAGGGCAAGGAGUUGCAGCGAAGCAAGGCCGCAAGGGUAAAGAUGGAAGAAAACCUGGCUGCGAAAACGACUGCAAUGUUGGUAAAGGCUGGGAGUCAACGUCUUAUAUCGGACCUGGUAGUAUGGGUAGUAGAGACUACGAGCAAGAUUUCGAUAUGAAUUGGAGAAAUGAACGGGGCAGUGCCAGGUUUGAUGCCGCUGAAGAUUACAACGACUAUGGAAGUAGAUCAAGACCUGCUGAGAGCUACUGCACAACUGCGAAUCAUGAUAGUGACCACUACGGCGUAAGACCGCUUCCCCCUUUUGCUUCUCUUAGUACAAUUUACGAUGAUCUUUGUUGGAAAACCAGCACUGCAACUAACAGCACUGGUGGUCUCUACGGAACAUCAAAAAGUGGCAAAAAUCAAAAUGGAAAUAGUACUACCUCCAUUUCUAGCAAGAAUUUGAAGUUGAACAUGAAAGGACCGCCGACCACUCCACCAUCACCCCCACCGCCACGCCCGCCAUCUUCACAUCCGCUUCCGCACUGGGACCCUUUCGGAGAAAAUUUUGAGCAACAAAAGAACGGAGGUAGAGACGAUCAUCUCUAUUAUCCUCCGACCAGGGAGUGGGAGGCUGACAUGAUUGACGACAAUUUUCAUCAAGAUGGUCCACCCAGGAACGGCAAUUACUAUGAUAAGUACCACUUGACUCCAAGCGAUAGUCGCAGUAGUGCAAGUGCAUCAGGUGUGAGAUCCGGAGGUCGUGCUCUUCGGGAGAACAAUCAAGAUUACAACCACAACUUCUAUACUGGCGACUCGCAUGCUGGUGGGAGAAAUGAUCGUCCACGAAAUGAUCGUUUUUAUGGCGAAGAUGAACACCAGGUGGACAGUAGAAAGCCAACAUUUAGAGAGGAGCGGGUACACGAACGAUUUUUGCAUGGUGGUCAUCACAGUGCUCCCGCGUUCGAUAAUUACAGACAUGGAUCCUCUGCGUCGUGGUCGUCCGCCUGUGUUGAUAAUGGAGAAAGGCACGAGCAUCACCAUAAUUUGCCUUCUGACCCUCCAGUAGAGCCUUUUAUUACUACACGUAGUGGAGGUAAAGGUCAUAGUAAAAGUAUUGAUAGUUGUUGUUCCUCUUCGAUAACGCGAGCAGGUGCACUAGACAGGACAUCAGUUCGACGACCAGGAGGAGGAGAAUACUAUCAUGGUGAGGAGAAGCAGGAGAAGGCGCAAGGACGAGAACAGCAACAUUAUCAACAAUCCGCACAUCACACUCCUGAGCAAACCACUCCUCAUCGCAGCCCACAUCUUCACCCUACGGAACUCUGCCAUCAAUCUCCUCUACAACAGCCUCUACAACAGCCUACAAAUGGAAAUACCAAGAACUACAAGGGAGACGGAGGGUCCUCGUCAACUAACUCUCCUCAGAUGAUCAGCGGCAAAAAGGGACCUCUUCUAGAAGCGCUGCAGGGACAAGGAAAAGGAUCACAACAACAGACGAAAAAUACGGACUCAACUGCCGGCGCUUCCAUGGAUACAGCGACCACCGCGGUGAGCAGCAGUCGAAAUACACCAGCCUGCUCUGGCACUUCAUCCACGCCUGAACAACAACAAACAACACACAAGGUCAAGGACACCAACAAGCAUACGAACAACAGUAAACAAAUGUCCAACUACCGAGAUGGCAAGAGAAUUCCCAGAGGACGGCCCUUUCAGGGCGAAAAAAAGGCCGAGAAGCCGGUCUUCUUGCCAGAUGCCAACGGGGAAAAGCGAGCUUGGACGGUCGACGGUCGCUUAGUUUCUUGGCCUGUGGAGCGGUCUGCUGCCCCAGGAGGAGACCUACACUUUUGGCGUCGGAAACUGUUUCAGCUAUUGCCAAAGCAAUUCGCUAGACAAUUUAAAGCUCCUAGUAUCAUGGAAAAGAUUUCCUGGCCCGAUUCCUUUGCAAAAUGGAACAACAGCCUACUCUCUUGCUUGGGAGCACCAAAAAAGAGGGGUCAGGGACCAGGAGGACCACGCGUGUUUGGCCUUCACGGAGGAGAUCAAGUGCAUAAUGCUUAUGGUGACCAGACAGAUAAUUGCAGUACCCCCAAAAAUAGCCACGAAGGUGAAGUAGAUCCUAGAAGUAGUUCUAGUUGCACCCCGAAGAUUAUAAACGACACCUCGACUUCCAGUGACCAGCAAGGACAACAACAACAACAGCCCUCUGGGUCGUCGAAAGGACACCAGCCCUCUGCUGGAGGUUUCUUUUCGCCAAUAUCUGCGUUACUACGAGGUGAAACCACCUUCUUCGGUACUACAGCUGCUCCUGCUUCUUCUACAACUGAUGUCUCCGCGAGGUCAAAUUCUAUGUCCACUACUGUGCAGGAGGUGGACACGACUAGUAGUACAACAACAGCUACUGCUACUUCUUCGAUGCAGGAGGUGGACAAUAGUAGUACCACAGCAGGAGCAGCUACAACUUCUUCUUCCCUGUCCCAUCAUCAACUGAACAAUCUCCGUUUUAAGAUCAACCCAAAUUACUUUCCUGAAGUAAACACGCCAGACUUGUUGGACACUGGCAGCAAUUCAUCAUGGACCCACCCCAUGAGCAAAUCGUUGCUAGCGGCACGAAGGGAAGACUUCUUGGCAGAAAGACGUAGAGUGGACCGCUCAGACGAGGCAAACCUGGGUGAAAUGGAAAUCACAAAUCAAGAUUUCCGUUCCUGGGUCACAGAAUGGGACUUUCAUGUGCUAUGGCUGAUCGGUACUCUUUUACAUCCUUGUGAUGCGUAUUCAUCUCCUGUGGCAAAUAAGAUAGUAAGUAAUUCGAAAAACUGAAAUAUGCAAGUAACUGAUCAGAAUUUUCGAGAUACUGAUGAGAAGGAAGAGUAGCCUUCGGCUUGGCGUUAAGCUACCUCCCUUAUUUCAGUCAGUAACUCGGUUAUUUUGAGUUUUCGAAUACUCAUCUCAUCGCGUACAUAGAUACUACCUUGGUGUAGAUGUUCCAAUCAAAACAGCCUCCUUUUCUCCCAUCUACAGCUUACGGCGUCCUCCACGGCGUUACCGAUCGCGGGAUCACAGAGCCGAUGACUAUUUUAUCUCAAGCGUAUGCGCAUCGGAGUAACUACAAAGGGCAACUGCUGGGAAAGCUAGUGGAAAACGGAUUGAUGCCGCUGUAUCUGAGCGCACCCGCAAUUAAGGCUCAAUACCAUUCAUUUCUACAAGCUUUUUCUCCCUAUUUCCUUCUAGGCAAAAUGCAAGAAGAAGUAGUAGUGAAGUAGUCUUCUAUACCCCUGGAGUUGGUACAUUCAUUCACUCAUUCACUCACUCAUUCACUCACUCAUUCACUCACUCAUUCACUCACUCAUUCACUCACUCAUUCACUCACUCAUUCACUCACUCAUUCACUCACUCAUUCACUCACUCAUUCACUCACUCAUUCACUCACUCAUUCACUCACUCAUUCACUCACUCAUUCACUCACUCAUUCACUCGCUCAUUCUUAGGAUUGGGAGAAAUGUAGGCAAGAAGUGAAUUGUUUGAGCUCUAACGUAACGUGCGACAGUUGGAGCAAGUAUCUGCAACACUUUCCAGAGUUUUUUCUGAUCCGACAACAAGCCAGCAAUAACGCGACUAUCAUUUUUCUACAGCCAGGAUCGGGCAAAUAUCAAGGACGAUAACCGGCGUGACUUGUUGGUAGAUCACACCUGACAUACACCUGACAUGACAUAUGGUUGCGCAGUAGUGGAAUUUGGCACAUGUUAUUAGUCUCCUUCAGAAGAACUAAGAGGAAAAUGAUCCCCAAUCAUAUCAUCCGCUCGAGUCCUCUAGAACAUGAUAGAUGAAUGUCACGAACGAAAUACUAGAAGAAAAUAUAUAUCGGUGGAUAGAAGACUCUCAUUCGGAGGUACCUGUACAUUGAGUGGCCUCAUAAGUAGACGCGAAAUGCUGCAAAAGAGGUACCAUGACAUGACAAAAAGUCCACGUGCUGUGUGCAGAAGUUUCCCUAGUGGGUAUAAUUCCAUUGAUGUUUAAUUGAAUUUCGUUUUCGUACCUUUGGAUACUCGUAUUAGUAUUAAUUUCGUAAAAAAUGUAAGUGUCGAAACUGGGAAAAAAAGAGACUUGACGUACUAACAACGAGUAACCUCCGUUAUUCUAUUUUUGGUCGAUCUUUCUCAUAUCGCAUUUUUCGAAUACGUCACACAUAUAUGUACUUUUCGAAUAAACACAAUAUGAAUAUGGUUUAAAGAAUUCUUACUACCCCAAUCAAGAAUACGACGAAGAGCGAAAUACAGCAUAAUAGAUGGAAAUACAUAGCUACAUGUUGUUGGCAUUUGGUGUAGCAAGGAACAACAGGGCAAUAGAUGAUGCCCAUACAACCGGGCAGGAGCAGCGACACCCAGCUGCAACGCUAUUCGGUUAUAAUCCCGGUAGCAUGAAGAUUAUGGUUUUUAGAUUUAACAACUAAGACAACUAAACGUAUUACUACAGGUGUAUACUAUGUGAAAAAUUUAUGUGGUUUAGAUGAUCACAACGAACUAUCUACGUCAAACAGAUGUAAAUAAAAGAACGGUACAGUAUUCAUUGUCCACGUCGUCCAGAACGAGAGGUAAUCAAUGUCUGCUCACUCUAUUAGUUCGUCGUAUUAGGUAUUUCAAUUUUUUCAACAUCAAGCACUCAUGAUGACGAGUCAGAUUGCAGUUCCCCUUUACCGGAAUAAACACUUAUGCUGGUUUGGAGAAUUCUUUCUGCUGGUCUAAGCUUUUUGUUGACAAACAAAUUCUAUUUCAAGAACUGUUUAUGUCAUCUUUGAGCUCGCGUGAACAUAUCUCUUGAUAGAUAGAGGCUGGUUUGUUGAACUUGAAACCCACACGUGGGGCUCGAACAAAGACCACGGUGGAGCCUCAUGAUGCUGAGGCUGGUAUCAUACAUGAUCGUGUUGAUUUUCAUUACUUUCUAGUAGUUUCAGUCCUGCGUGGCGAAUUCUACUCUUUGGGAAGGCAUUUUGGUGGAAACCCAGGGGAUCACUCAGAGCGCCACUUGUAGGUCAGACCGAUGAAAACUACUUCCCGUGGUCUCUUCUCCGUCGAAGCCGAUCCGGAUCGUUGUUGCAGAAGUGAAAAAACGUCAUCUGUUGUUCUAGAGAGCAAAUGCAAUUCUUUUUUUGUCUAAGGUCUGCCGGAUUACACUUAUUACCACACUGUUUGUAUGAUUCCUUAAUACUACCCUUGUGGAACAAUUGGAAGAGGAAGGUGAAUGCCCUUCACAUGUGAAACAAACUUCGGAUGGGUUGAUGUCGUUGUAUUGAUGAAAUUCGAUGCUACGUAGUUCUACUGUAUUUUGCUAGAAGCGUCGUGUUGAACGAACCUAUGUUGCCCUCGGUUGACUGUGGGCGAUAGGCCGGCGUACUCUACUAUCGCGCGUGGAGCUGUAGUAGAGCAAGAAUCUAAUGUUCCAAGAAUAUAUGUACUUACUACUUUUCCACCCCGGGGACGGCUCCGCGAAGCGCAGGGCUGAGAUGGAAGCCGCGCUAAACCGAAGUCUAAAUCCGCGAGGUCGGUGCAGGAGGUCUGUGAUUACAAGAACGUAGGCGUGUAUUAUAACUAAGUACUUGCACAAGUGGAAGUGGUAGAUGAAAUUCUUUAAGAGGGCCGCAAAAAAAGUUAUUCUUAUCGGUUUAUUAUAUUUAUAAGUCAAGGGUUUUUUAGUUAGGACGAACAACGAAGAUCUACAAGCACAUUUUGAAAGCACAUGAUUAGUCUAGCUUCACCAAGCAUGUCUAUCAUAGUUAUUUCUUCACCAUGGUAUUUUCUUCAUACUGACAGCGUUUGUCUCCAUGUUCGCAUUGCCCAUUCAUCUUGUCUGUUGUGUCUGAUUUGGAUUUACGUGUAGUUCCUCAGAUGUGUUCAACAGGGAGAUGAAAAAUGAGUGAGAAUGAAGUUGAUUGAAGCACUACUGCUAUUGCUAGUGCCUCCCUGUCUGCCCUCACCUGAAUCGCGAAAACUCUUAAGCGAAAGGGCACUAGAUUCCUGCUUAUGUUGUAUGGGUAAGAAUAUUGUGGUCGUCCGAACUUUGUAGGUCAUUUGUUAUACUGCGGCUCAGAAGAACAAGAUCAAGUUAGGCUUAAACAAGACCUAUCCUCGUGUCACGUAGAUUUGUGUUGUAAUAGAAAGGACUACAACUAGAUCAAUUGCAGUCCACCAGGAGAUCUGGAGCUAUGAGACUCUUGUGAAGUGAGAGGACGGCUCCAGGAAUGCCUGGGCUAACCGUGUUGAAUUUUUUACUUACAUUAUAGUGCCGUGGUUGCCCGCUGGUUCCUCCUGGCUGCCCGUCGCCAGUCAGAGGUUGGAGCAAACAUAAGAGGCUGGAUUUGAUGAUAUCGUGCAUUCAAUGUUGAGUCGCAGAACGACAAGAUCGAUAUAUUACAAACAAACCAUAAGCAUGAACUGCCAAAAGAGUAACUACAUGCCCUCUUCCCGCGCACGGGAAUUCCUUUGCCUUUACAGCUCUACCCUAUGUCUAUGAAGUUUUAAUACAAAUUUACGGCGUAGUGUUCACGUGUAGUGGACUGUGUCCGAAUCGUGGGAAUAUAGAUGGAUACGUUGAUGUUGAUGCUAUUCCCCAUGUAUGAGUAAAAUUUGCCAGCCAUACUACUUCUACUAGAACAAAACGACCACGACAUACAACUUUGCUGUAUUACUAGGUUCAAUUUGAAGAAUUCAUUCCUCUCCAACUGCUUACAAAAAAUUUUCUGCGGCCCCGCUCUGGCGGCCUCGGUCGGCAGGUUUUUGGGGCUGUCAGUAAAAAUAUUGAUAUUUAUUCAUGUUCUUCCUUUGCUUUUCUAGAUUUUCCUUGUUUUUUUCCUAGUUAGGUCUUUCUGCUCCACCAUAGAUAUUCAUGUUCUUCCCAGCCAUGGAGUUGUCUGCUUAACUUAUGUUCUUAUACUAUAAUUCAAACCUCACUAACGAGGAAGAAGACUGAUUUACUGAUUCUUCGCACCAGCAGAAGAUUACACCAAAGCUCCGGAUUCUUCUUGGAUGCUGCUGAUAUAUUAUAAACAGA